UCCAUGAUUAUGAGUCAAGAUUAUCCUCUCUUUUAACCAGAUCUAAAUCCAUCAAUCUAAUUGAAUUCUUCAAAUUUGGUCUUGUGUUGGGUGGUUCAUCACAUGACAAACUUUUAACCACAUAUUCUAUUGUCACUAUUUAAUAAUAUUCUUUCUAAACUUCAUUGAGUCCUGUGUUUCUUUUUCCUUCCCCAAUAAAAUUUAACCUCAAAAUUCUUUUCUUCCACACUCUCUUCAUGUCUCUCUCCACCUUGUUAUUGUAACAUAAUUGGUUCUAGCAAAAACCUUGUCAAAUUUUCAAGACAUUGGAAUGGGGAAGCUAAGGAGGAUGUUGGGAAACUUUUGUCUUUCUUCUUGUUCUAACACUUGUUUUUGUAUGAACAUUUCUGAACUAGAAGAUGAACUUGAGACAAAGUCUUUGAUUAGUAGUAGUGAAAGUGAUCAUAAACUAAGAUUGAAAGAUGUUGUAGCUGGAAAACAAACUUUGGCUUUUCAAUUGAAACCACAGAUAGUUAUAUUGAGGGUGUCAAUGCAUUGUCAUGGAUGUGCAAGAAAAGUUGAGAAACAUAUCUCAAAAUUAGAAGGAGUGAGUUCAUACAAAGUGGAUCUAGAAAGUAAAAUGGUGGUUGUUAUGGGGGAUGUUCUUCCAUAUGAAGUGUUGGAAAGUGUAUCUAAGGUGAAAAAUGCAGAGAUUUGGAAUUCUCAUUCUAAUGAUGAAUAAUUGUGUAUACAAAAUCCAUCUUCAGCAGAUUCAGUUAAGACAAGUUGAAGAAGAAUGAAGGAACUCUUAUUUUAUGUUCUGUCAUUAUUUUGUUGUCAUAUAAAAUGUUAUCAAUACCUAUGUCAAGGUUCAACAAUUGUUGUGCACAUAGUUAAAUAAUAUAGAUUAAAAGUGUAUUACAAUUCUCUCUGCCAUAAAAUAUGAAAAACUAAAAGUGAAACGAAACGUGUUUAGUACCGAUAUCUCUGAAAAAAGGUGUCUGAAUCUGUGUUCAUGUCUGAAACUGAUAUUGACAAUU